AUCGAAGAUUACCAAACCGAGGAAGAUUAGAUCAAAGUAAACUUUACAAAGGAAAUUUCGCUUACAAAAUCUACAUUGGUACCUUGAGUUCUUGUUCGACAGGGRAGAACCACUCUUUUUCUAAUACAUCUGGUGGAAAAGAGAACAUUAGUUUGAACAAUUCAUUGAAUUUUUCUCGAAGAUUGAUGCUUCCGAACUUGGCUAGUGGCUCCUAGCAACGAGUUACCGAGGAAAACAUAAAACAAAAAAAUGGUCGUAAGCUUAUUUCUUAAAGGACAUCGAUGUAAUAUUGGAUUUUCAACAAGUUGGUCAUAAUGUAGUACAACAAGUCGUAUCGGGUAUUUGAAUUCCCGAUGUAAAUGAAACUAUCAAAGAAAAGAACAAUUAGCUUCACCUCUACUCCAUUAUGGACGAAUUUGACGAAAAUGGCUGGGCACAUAUUCACCAUGCAGCUUUUAAUGGCUACUAUAAAAGUGUUUCGCGUUUUGUAAAGAGCAAAGAAGACCAGCUGGAUUUAGAGACCAAAGAUGGACAGCAAAGUACGCCAUUUCUAUUGUCAUGUACAAGCGGUGCUCUCGAAACUGUACAACUUUUGGUCGACCUUGGAGCGAAUCUAAGCGCCUCCAAUMGAUCCUCUCAAGGCCCUGUGCUUCUGGCGGCAUUAAAUGGCCACGUUCAUAUUUUAGAGUACUUUUUAGAAUUGAACAGCGAGAAAAUUUUGGUAUGGAAGGACCUAAUCAAAGGCCUUUCAACUCAGAAUGUUGACAGUGCUUCGGCGAAGGCAUUAGUCGAGUUGACCCUCGAAGAACGUUCUUCAAAUCACGAACCAUUUGUACAGGGUGGCGGAGUAAAAGCUGUCGUUGCCUUACUUAAAGGUUCUAGUGCCAGUGAGGACGCCAAAACAUAUGCUUUGUCAAUUCUUUUGAAUAUUGUUAGUCACCAAGCAGCCAAAGAGAAAAUAGCUGAGGAGGGAGUCCCUGCCAUUAUCAGUCAACUAAAGGAACCCAAAAGAACGCUGUAUCUAACUGCUUCCAUGCUCCUUGGUGAGCUUGCUGAUACACUAAAAAGCAAAGAAAUAAUAGCAAGCAACAAUGGUGUUGAUGCGCUGAUCUACUUGUUGCAAAAUGUUGACGAUGAAGAGGUAGUUGGUUGUGUCUUGGGCACAUUGAAGAACCUUGCAGACUCAAAUUCUGACAUUCAAACCAUGAUCGGUAAUAACAAGACCACAAUGAAGUCAUUUGUAGAUUUGUUGUCCACCUUAAAGAACAAGCAUGUCCUAGCAACAGUUGCUAAGACAAUACGCAUGCUUGUCCAAUCACACCGCGCCAAUCAAGAUGGGUUUGUGAACGAGGGUGGCAUUCCUCCAAUGAUGGACCUGAUGAAAGUCAAGAGCCGAGAGUGCCAGUUUGCUGCCAUUGAGGCAAUCCAAGCAUUAUGUGAGAACAAUGAGACCAAUCAAACACUUGUCACAGACAUUGGCUGCGUGAUGGCAUUGAUGAGACAGCUGAAACGGUCACGGCAGGCAGAUAUGCGAAGACUCACUGCAAAUGCAUUAUGGGCCAUUGCAGGUAACAAAAACAACCAAAGACGAUCUAUAGCCAAUGAAAUUGGUGUCAUGUUGUUAUUAGAGUUUCUGUCUGAGAACCUGCCCCAAAGUCUUCACUUUAUUGGGUCUGAGGCUCUGGGUGUCCUUGCCAAUGGAGUCCAUAACAAAAGAAAUGAGAUAUCAGAGGCUCAUGGUGUCAUGCCGUUAGUUCGACAGAUGAGYCGGGUUUCUACACCGGGUUUUAUCAUUCUGAGUGUUCUUCGAACUCUUAGAUCCUUGUGUUUGUGUGUAGGAUUUCGACCACACACUGAAAACCAGAAAGCUGUAUUCCAUGAAGGUGGAAUCAAGUACCUAAUGAGGUUCAUGAUACAUGCUCGCCCAGAAAUCAUCAAAGUAGAGGCUGCUUAUACUCUCGGAAGUGUUGCCCUAGGAAACAAUGACAACAUGAAAGAAGUCACAGAACACAGAGACUUUAAAUUCCUCCAUAUCUUGCAUCUUCUCUAUGAUGAAGACGAGGAGGUGGCCUUAUUGGCGGGUGCUGCAUUAUCAUUGUUUGCAUAUAACAACGUAGCCAAUCAGAAAGCCAUUGCCGUGGCUGGUGGUGUUCGAUAUCACUCAUUUAUACCAUUCUUGGAGUCCAAAGACCCCCGGCAGGUUGCCCACGCUGCUUUCCAAAUAAUCAUUUUAUCAAGGAUCAUACCUGAUGAAGAUCAGUCCAUGACAUGUGCAAAAGGUAUCAAGCUCCUUGUCUCUCUGUUAGAAGAAUCGCAAUCAGAAGAUAUCUUGUCAUUGACUGCAAACUUUCUUGGUGGACUUGCACACUCAAGAGCUGGUAUCCCAAGUGCCAUGAUUUCUAUUGGUACCGUCAGUCUCCUUGCAAACUUGUUAAUGUCUCAAUAUGAGACUGUGCAGUCGUCUGCAGCAGURGCCCUUGGGUUUCUCAGUUAUGACAAAGUUGGUGAACGGCAGCUGCUUAAUGUUUGUCGUCAUGAUCCAUUUUUGUAUAAAGUUUUGCAGUUUCAUGCCGGUAAGGUGAAGCUGUCGUCYGAUUUUGUGGAGAGAUGGCAGCACUACAAAAAGAUUGGUCUUCCUCCAAUAAUUAACAAACCUGGAAACAUCACUCAAGGCGUUAACAAGCUGCUCUCAACACAAUUUGCUCUGGAAGGCGAGCAAACUUUUACRAUGAUGAGUACAAACACUACGUCUCCUGGUGGAGUUGGCUCUGAGGACCGCAAAGUGUCAGCGUCAACAAGAACUGGUACCAUUAUGAAACUUCCCAUAGCCUGAUACAUCAUAUAGAUGAUAUUGCAUGAGGCAUGGAGAUACAAAGAAUAUUGCAUGGUGUAGAGGGAUUAUAUUUUAUUGUGUGUCAUGGUGUCUUAAGAUCAGUGUGUAUAUUGUAUUAUAAAAUAACUUAUAUAAUUUCAUACACAAAAUGGUGGGAACUAGCGGCAAACUAGUGUAGACUGCGUUGGUGUUUCUAAAGAAACAUUUGUGUAAAAAGAAAAUUUUAAUACCAUAAAAAAAGGAAGUGAAACAACAAAACAACCUACUGACGUUUUGGAUGUUAAAAGUUCCUCAGAGUAAAGUUAAUCCUUUGUUGGAGUAAAGUGCAAAUGAACGCUUAACAUCCGAAACGUCAGUAAGUUAUUUCACCUACUUUUUAACKGUGUUAAAUUUAUCUUUUUACACAACUGUUAUAUUUUAUUUCAUAGAUCUUUCUGGAAUACAAAAUCAUGGUGCAUUGUGGUCUUCCUUCAGAGUACAAACAAUGCCAUCUUUGACAGCAUGAAAACAUGUUUGUACUGAAUCUAGACCACAAUGCAAUGCGAUAUCUAGAUAUAUCCCUGAAACUUCGAUAUAAAGCACUUGAAUACACAACGAGCUGGGGAAUAAGCGAGAUACAACACUAUGAAUAACAAAGAAAACUGAAUCAAGUAUGAAAUAAGAGUGGUUGCGCCACAUAAAAUUAUCAAAAAAUGAUUUGCUUGAUCUGUAUAUAGAUCAAUUCAAAAAUAAAUWACCACUGUUCUGAAUUAAAUCGAAAAACAUCCAGACUGUUAUAUUACAAUAAAAAAUAUAGAGUGUUUUAGCACUAAAAUGCACUUAAAUGUUUUAGGAAAGGCUUAAAUUUAUCCCUUUGUAAAACAUUUAGUACGUUUUUACAUAGUACUUUGAAUGCUUUUUUCUGAAGUUCCUAUUGAUAGAUUCACUGAAAAGCAAAUGAGUACUCCUGAUUUUUGCGCUUUAAGAUUAACUAAGGUAUUUCGUCUUUGUUAUAAGUAUGUAAAUAAUAAUAAGUAAUAAUAAUAAUAUUAAUAAGCAAAAAUAGUAGAGUACAAACACUAAAACUGUGCAACAUAAAUACCACUAAAUACGGCUAAAUAAUGCUUAUUCUAUUGUUUUCUAUUGUUUAAUUAACACUAUUUUGUAGUAAAUAGUGGAAAGUGUUGCACACAUUUAAUGUUUGUACUCUACAGGUGUUGGUAAGAAUUUGUGACUGUGUGAAUUUGUGUGAGUGUGUUGGUUAAUUGACAAAACCCCAAAACUUUUGUAUCCAAUAAAAUAUAAUUCAAAAGUGAA